UAAUUAUGCAGAAGCUCGACGUCGAUGAAAUGACGUAAUUACAACAAAUACGUUUGUUUGUUUUUAUUUUUUUGUGUGUUGUGUUUACAUUUAUGUAUUUGCGUGACUGUCGAAUCUAUUGUGACCUGCCUGCUAAGGUAGGCUAGCUUCACACAGCAGCAACUGCAGGAGCUUCGCUGGGCAGUGGACACAUGUCCGUGAACCGAAUAACAUAACAGUGGCGCCGAGAGAGGAGGCAUAAUCAACAUGUCUCGUCAUAGAAAUGUUCGAGGUUACAACUACGAUGAAGACUUUGAAGAUGAUGACAUGUAUGGACAGUCUGUGGAGGAUGACUACUGUUGCAUUUCACCAGCAACAGCAAAUCAGUUCAUCUACUCACGUCAAGAAAGACAUGCACCAAGGGAAGAGCCUUUAGAGGAGGAAGAAUUUGAAGAUGAGGCUGUCCCUGUGUCCCCUACUGUCAACCAGAAUCUCAACCCUCUUGAUCAAGCCAAGCUGUAUUCCUGUCUGGACCACAUGCGGACUGUGCUGGGAGAUGCAGUGCCGGACUCAGUCCUGACCCAGGCGGCCAUAAAAUGUGGAUUUGACCCACAGAGGGCACUGGACGCAGUACUGUCUGAAGACACUAAAACUGCUCCAGUUACCAGAAGUACAGCUGAAGAGACUGGUACAGUAGAGCGAGCUAACCAGGACAAAGCGCCGCAACCACAAAGAACCAAACAAGAGGCUGUGGCUGACAAAGGAGCCUGCUUGUCUUCUUCUCACACAGACAUGACGUCCAAGGCACAUGAAGCCAACACACAUGGGCACAAACAUGCACAUCUACAUAUACCCGAACUAAAAGCACCCAGCUUAUGUGACCUCUUAUCUCAACCAAAUGCCGGCAGCUGUGAAAAGCAGGAUUUUAGCCUUAAAAACAUUAGCCCAGGUGUUAGCAGUGGUGGUAGUCUGGCACAGCUCAUCUCUGAGCACGAGCAAAAGAAUAAGGGGUCAGUAGUAGCUGACACAAGGCAGGGCUUGGACGUUUCCUCAUUCAACAAAGGACUAAAUGCAACAACAACAGCAUCCAUUAUGUCUAGUCAGAGUAGUAUUUCACUGGGAGCUUUGGCAUCUUUAAAGACGUUAUCAGCAUCACCGACCUCUCCUCCCUCCAUCCUUUCAGUUUCACUCAGUAGUCUAUCGCUAAACAACCCCAAGACAGCAGCUGCAGGCUCUUCUAUGGCUGCUCCUCCUGGAUUUGGGAGUCUCAGCUCUGUUGUGCAGAAAAAUCAGCAGUCUGUUGGGGUUGGAGGCAAAGCCAUGCUGGGUGGUUCAAAGGGUAGCCCAACAUUGGCCGAUUUAAUCCAGGAGCACUCAAAUCGAAGCCCAGCUUUCAGUAACUCUCUCCUUACUCCUCAAAGCAGCAUACCAUCUGCAAUGUUUCAGGGAAUGGCCGCACCAGCACAAACACUAUCCCUGUGCGAACUUGCUUCCCAGCACCAAAACAGAAAGAGUUCCCCUCAAUCACAAAGCACUGAAAGACUAGCGAAUGCUCUCUCCUCAUCAAAAAUAAAUAGCAUCACUCCCCCAUGUCUGGCUGGCACUGUCUCAUUGUCCCAGCUUGCCUCGCAGCAUUACAGCAACAGUUUCUCAACUUCCCCCAAGCCUUUCAGCUCUGAAUCUCCAGAAAAUGCACUGAAGCAACCACCUGGUCUCUCUGAGCAGCUCUCUUUGUCACAUAUGGUGUCUGAACACAAAAGCAAAACCUCAACCACCUCAAAUGGGUCACAGUGCUCCCUCACGUCGCUCUUUUCACCAGCAAAACCAGAGAAGACUGGCAUGUCAGAAGAGAGUGCUACAGAGGGUGGUGCCAAGUGUGAACUCGACCACAGACCAUACCACCAAAUCUUCAGACAACCUAAACCAGGUCACACUAUUGAUCUGACUUCACUGAUGGCCCAGUCACAUGGAGAAGGUCUCCAUCAGCUUGAAAGUGACCUCCCAUCACCCAUGUCUCCAGCUGCUUUUGCAUUGGGGUUGGAUGUUUCCGUUUUUGCAAAACCAUCAGUGUUUGCGAUUACUCUGUCUGUUCAGACUAGCAGAAGACAAAAGAGGAUGAAAAAUGUACUGAAGGGAAAAAUAAAAGGUCAGAGGAGAGGAAGUUAUUACAAGGCCUUCCUCUCUCAGUCGCAGGAGAAAUCCAAACAGCAGCUUCCCACACUUUUGCCGAUUGUACCUUUCCGCUUCGACACCCCUUCGCCUGAUGACAUCGUCCGUGCUAAUCAGCGGAAAGCUUUCACCAGGUAGCCACAAGGAAAGCGCUUAAUUCAGUUGCAUCUACCUUGGUGCUAACUUGACUUGCUUUGAAUGAGAACCCCACUUCUAUCUGGGCCCUUUUGCUCUUAUCACUGAACUAAACCCAGAGAUGCAGCACUCAGGGUUGCACUCAUUUAAGGGGAGUAAAGGAACUUUUGGGUCCAACAAAAUGACAUGCUGACUCUGAUCACUGGUUAAAAAAAUAAUAGAAGAUUAUUCAAGCAUUUAUGUAUUUUUUUUUUAAGUGAACACAUACAGAACAAAGAGAAAUGAAUUCACUCUGGCAGCUUAACAAUAAUCUUAGCUAACCCAAGCAAAUCUUCAAAGAACAAUUUAAGUAUUUUAGGAACUUUUAGAAAGAUCUUUGUUUCUUAUUGCUGUAGUUAGCUUUCUCUCCUUCAUUUUAAAUGUAGUCUUAUUUUUGUAUGCUUCGAAGGCCAAUGGCUUUUUAAUUUUUUUAUGAUCACAGCAAAGAGAAAGUUCAUGUAUACUCUAGAUGUGACUUUUUUCUGAGCUGCAUGAACCCUCAAAAGACAAAAGAGGUUGACUUUGUUUGCAGGUGUGCUGCAGCUAUUGGAAUAUGGAUCAGUUAACCAUUGUACUGGUUUACUGCUGCCUGUGUUUGAGAUCAUGGGUUUGACUUUUUGGUUUAGAGGACACCUGGAGAUUUUCCCAUGAGGGAAGAGGAACACAUACGCAUAUGCGUACAGACACGCAAACGAAAACACAAAGACAAGCAAAAUCUUUUAACUGUUAAAUAUUGAAAAACAGGUUUUUUUGCAUGAAAGCACUAUAUACUUUUACUGAAUUAGUCAAAGUAAAUGCGUUCAUACUGUAGUAAAAAGAUUUUAAUUUCGUUUUGUAUACAUGGGUUUAAUUUACACUGGGUGUGUCUUCGCACACUGCCAAAGGUUAAUUUGUCUGUUUCGAAAUAAAGAUGAUUGACUUUAUGUGCUCUGAGUGAACCUCUGUCUAGUCUUCUUCAGUUUUUGCGAAUGUGCGUGUGUUAAACACGUUUUUUGGCUUGUUGUAAGGAACUAAUCCUACCUAAUGAAUUUUAAAGUGCUCUAUUUUAAUGUAUAAUUGUAUAGUAAACUGCCAGUAUAGGACAAUAAACAGUUGGUCAUAGUGGUAUCUUUACCAGUUAACAGAGCAUUUGCCUGUUUUUAAAGAGACAUUUUUAUAAAGAAAACAUUGUUUAUCUCCAGUAAAGCUUCCAUUUUUAAACGGUUAUGCUAAAGUGUCUUGAGGCAUUUCUGGUUUUGACACUCUUGUUUUUUACUCAUUCAUUGUUGUUUUAAGUGGGAAUUCAUGUUGGUAGAAGAGGAGUAAACGUCAUGCAGGUGCAGAGAGUAAACUGGACCCCCGGGGUGUCUUCCAGAAAGGAGAGCCUGAGGGAGAUGAUAAAUGAUAAAGGACAGUUAGUGUUAACAAUAGCAAGAUAAACAUUAGAGGUGAAACAGGUUUUUCAGUGUACAAAGCUUGCAGUCCUUGGAAAAUGGUGUUUGGAAAUAAUUAGAUGCCCUGGACGUGUUGUGGUCUGUUUUGUGUGAAAAUGUGCAGGUCCAGAGUGUUUUUAUAGUGUUUUUGUUUUUUUCAGGGAAUCAAGAGAUGAACAAGUUGUUAUUAGCAAGUGGUUUUGUCCAGCAGCUAUUUGUCCUUUUUUCUCAAGGGGAGCCGCUGUGUGGGUUUGUGCAGGAAGCUGCACUCUUGGAGAAAAUGUCAAGCCAAGCACAUGUCGACUCUGCACAGCAGCCGAUAGACUGCUGUGCCUCUUAUACACCACCUACGUAGGAAAAUCUGAUCAAGCCUCUCAACUUUCACAGCUUUCACAAAGGCUGUGACAGAUCAAAUCCUCUUUGUGUCUUUACAGGCUCUGCAUUUCUUGCAAGGCAUACAUGUUGCACAAACUAUGGUUUUGAAGUGGUGCCAACUCUGGAAAAUACUAUUGUUCUAACAAGUGGUCAAAAAUAAGCAGAUGCACUUGGACUUACAUGCGUCAGUAUUAUGUCUUUUUUGUGGUGUGUGUUCUGUUAAAGGGCAAAAUGGAAAAUUUUGCAUUCAGAACAUUUGACCUCAGUGCUGUGGUUGAAUGCAAGACAAAUCCUAAAUGUCUUUUUUUUUUUUUUUUUUUUUUUAAAAAACAAAAAAAAAAAACAUGCAGCUGGCAUGCACAGUAGUUCCUCAAAUUUGUUAACAGCUACACUUUCCCAGGAGUUAACAUGCUAGUCCUACUACUUCCUAAUACCAAUCGUGCAAAUAUAUAUACUGUACUAAGUAAACAUGUUACACAUUUAAACGACCACAUAUUACUUAUAAAUAAAGAAAUCUUUGUUAGGAAUAUUUGACUUACAAAUCAAGGAAUCUCUCUGUUCAGUAUUUACUAUGCAAUCAUUGUCACAAAAUGUGAUUUUGAAUAUGAAAUUGUUUGGGUGAGUGGUUCUCAUACUUUGCCUGAAAGCUGUUUAGCGGUUUCCAGUAGCUGAAAAUCUUUGGAGGCACUCACUAGCUCUUUUUCUGUCCCAAAUAUCAGCUACUAAUAUGAGCUGAAACAGUAACUAUAACUCUAUUUUAAAGUUUUGUCAGGGUCCAGGCUUUUCUCCCCCCCCCCCCCCCCCCCGCCAAGCAGUGGAGUUGCUGUCCAGGUAACAGAGUACUCCUCGAUGCAUAGGCCCAUAUCACCAAGCCUUAGGCUACAUCAUUUUCUGAUGUGCACAUCCCAGAAUUGUAACAGUAGACUUGACACAGACCUCAAUAACUGUGAUAGGUCUGUGUGGUAAUAAUGUAUGUUGCAAACCUAGUAAGUGGAUUAGUAAGAUUAUAGCUCUGUAAAACACGAUAUAAUAGGCUGUAAUUAUAUCUCACUUCCUUAUUUUGCUAAUUUAUAAUUCUGCCAGUGUAAACAGUGUAAACAUAUAGUUUUUUUAAAUUAUACAUGCGUAGACUCUGGUGCGUCUUUAGUCUUUCUAUCUUCCUGCAUUUCAGUAAAUGUAUCUUGAUCACGAUUUGAUUUUUUCAAGUCUGGCAUUGACAGCUCAGUUUGACUCAUGAUGGCAGAGCAAUGCAGACAUACUAACUAGGGCUGUGCCAUGUGGUAUUGUUUUGUAAUACAAGUAUAAUAGUAAUUUAUUUUUAAAUUUAAUGCCAGGCGUUUAUGUUUCUUAUUGCAUCCAACCAGGGGACAAACUCGGGUAUUUCUUAGAGCCACAUGUGAGCUUUCGAUUGAAUAUUUGAAAUGGAGCUGCUUCAACAACCCUCUAACAAAGAAGAGGGUUGUUGAGAAAGAAAGAAAACUGAAAGAAAACUAUUCCAGCUAAAGGUGGAAGCAACAAAUAAAUGUGUUUCACCAUUUGAGGCAGAAACAACCUGUCAAGUAUAAGAAAGUUCUACAAAGGAAGAGAUGCUAGCAGGGAUGAUCGUCCCAAAUGUCAGCAAAUGACUCCACCAAAAACUGCCUGAACACUUGCUAAUUAUGCUCCAUACAACAGUAAGAGCAAACGGUGGAUGGAAAUUACUGAUGUGGUUACACAGUGGAAAAGCAGGGCUUUAGGCAACUGGUUUAAAAGCGCAAACUGGGAUACAACAUCCCAUGUAGAAAAUAUGGUUGAAUUUGUUUGUGUAACAGUGCUGUGCAGCUCUUGCAGUGUGAGUUAUUGUUAAAGUGUUAAGUGGUUAUUUUCUACUUAAAUGGUCCAGGGAAAAACCUGAUAGGCUAGUUUUCUGCUUACAGUUGACUUAUGCUGUGCCACUACAAUUCUGUAAUAUCGUGAUAUAAUUUUGAGACUAUAACGUCUGCCCCUAAUACUAACAUGUCAGUAUAAAUCCAACAGCAUUGCCCGCUAUGGCCAGGCUUCAGUGCAAUACAUGGGAUUGGACAGACUGUAGUAUGCCUGGGCGACCUGCCUGGACAUAUCAUUUGCCCAGACAUAUAUUGGUAACAUUCCCAAGCAACGCACCCAAGAAAUCCAUGCUAGAGAGCAUACACUUCUGUUUAACUGCUCAUUAAUACAAAUAUCUAAUCAGCCAAACACAUGUCAUCAACUCAAUGCAUUUAGGUAUGUAAACAUGGUUAAGACAAUGUACUGAAUUUCAAACUGAGCAUGAGCAACUUGAAAUAAUCUCAGACUGGUUUCUUGAACAUCAGUUUUAUUUUAGCUCUAGUGACCUCCACAGUCAACAGAUCUCACUCCAGUAGAGCACCUUUGGGAUGUGGUGGAUCGGGACAUUCUCAUCAAGGAUGUUGGGAUGUGGAUUCAACAAAUCUGCUGCAACUGUGUCACGCAAGCACCUCAAUAUGGACCAACAUCUCUGACGAAUGUUUCCAGCACCAUGUUGAAUCUAUGCCAUUGAGAAUUAAGUCAGUUCUGAAGAAAAAAGUGGGUCCAAACCAGGGUUAGCAAGGUGUACCUUGUAAUAAAGUGUUGUUAAAACCAUAUUUAAGCAGCUUGUUAUAAAUGGUAAAUUCAGAUUUCUAGGCUCUCCCAAUCACUAUCAACUUUUGCUAAACUAAGACUUCUGUAGUUUUAUUCUUAAAGCAUUACAUGUAGUGUAUGACCCUUGGACCUUUUUUUGGUGGUGGGAGGGUUGUUAAGUUGUGGUUUUGGGAUAACUUAACAAAUGUGCAUGAAAAAAGAGUCACAGUUUCUUAAAGUAGUUAAGAUUUGAAAUGUUUCUCCAACUAAUUUUAUAUGAAACACUGUGUAGCAGAAAAAUAAAUCAUCCAGUGGCAAUUACUCUUAUAAUGUAAAAGUGCAGAAAAAGGUCCUGUAUGCAUGAGCAACAUACAGAUGACAGAGAUCUUAAUGUGUGAAUAUAAUUAUGACUCAAAAUGUAGGUUUGAACAGGAAUAAGGUAAAAGCUCAUGUACAGUAACCCUUGAGAAUGUGAGUACUUGAGUCCAGCCACAGUACAGUGUGUCAUUUCAAAACCUCACUAUCGUUACUAUCAUUACCCUGCUUGAUGCAUGGUGCUGUUAAAGUUGGCAUAGAGACUUGUUUAUUUUUCCAUGCGGGUCUUUUGGCGUUCUUUCUGCAGAAGGGGCAGAUGUGCAGUUAUGUCUGUCAUUAAAGUUCACUUCUAGAUUCCUCAAACAAGAAAGCACUGAACAAUAAUGUCACUUAAAAUAGAAAUAAAUAACUAUGUCAAUCUCUUUUUUUUUUAGACAACAGUGUAAACCACAGUGUACAUUAAAGUUGUAGGUUGUCGUGCUGUAGGUCAGAGACAGUCUCUUUAUAGACCUGUUUUGAACUAUAAAAACACAUUAGGUGAGAAUUUCAAGUAGCUUCUGUGACUAAAGGUUAACUGCUGAGUAGGUGGAAGUCACAGAAGCAGAUGUAUAUAUAUUUUAUGAAAUCUUCAAUUGUGGUACUGACACUGUGGGUCUGUAUGACUCAUCGUGAAAGGGGUCAGAUCCUACUCACAGCUUUUGCCUCCACCAGCAGUCUCUUUUUCAUUCAUGUUUCCAUCUAUUUUUCAAACAUGAAUGAAGUUUGACUCCCAGAUUGUCUCAUUGAGAAUAGAUCCACAAGUUUAGGGUAGAAGAUGGACUAAAUUUAAACCGAAGAUCCCCAUGGAUUUUUAUUCCAGCCUUUAUGGUUGAAAUCGUGUAAUUAACAAUAGAUUUAAACUGGUUUACAUAUAUUCUUAAUUACUAAUUUCCCUUUUUUCGUUUUUUGUAACAAUACAAAUUAGAGAUGAAACUGGCGCACAUUCAGAAAUGUUAGGUGACUCACUUCAAAUAUUCCCCUAUUCCUCCCCACUCCCACCCCUGUCUCUCUUUAGAUAUUUUGAUAUAAAGUCGACACACCUUAUAUGUCUCAUAGGCUGUAGCGGCCUCAAGUGGUUGGUGUAGUCUUUGCCCCACCCCUCACCUUUUCUUUUGUCCGCACUGCGUUUCUGUGUUUGGACAGACAAGGAAGGUUUGAUUUGCAUAUCCUGGGUGCACUCCCUUUAUUCUGUCAUGAAUAAGAUGACUCACUUACUCAUUCAGUCACACUAAGGGUCCCCUAUAAUAGAGAAAUCCUGGAUAGAAGGAUACCAUGUGUUUACUUACCAGUCCAAACAAGGUAAAAGAUCCUGCUCUGCGCCUCGGAGCUAUAUUGCGCCGAAUCAUUUUUCUCAUGUUACCAUCCUGUUUGGAAAAGUGUUGCAGUGUUUUGACAAAGCAACAUGCACAGUUAAUAAGGGGGUUGACAUUUGCUUAAGAACUUGAAGGAGUACAGCAGAAUGUUUGGUUUUUCUUUUUUCUUUUUGAAAAAACUUUUUUUUUU